GGCCGGGUAGCAUCCGCGCGGGUUCAACAUGCGUAUAGAGAAGUGUUAUUUCUGCUCCGGGCCCAUCUACCCCGGCCACGGCAUGAUGUUCGUGCGCAACGACUGCAAGGUGUUCCGGUUUUGUAAAUCCAAGUGCCAUAAAAACUUUAAGAAGAAGCGAAACCCUCGCAAGGUCAGGUGGACCAAGGCCUUCCGGAAAGCCGCCGGUAAAGAGCUUACAGUGGAUAAUUCAUUUGAAUUUGAAAAGCGUAGAAAUGAACCUGUCAAGUACCAGCGAGAACUAUGGAAUAAAACUGUUGAUGCAAUGAAGAAGGUUGAAGAGAUCAAGCAGAAACGCCAGGCCACAUUCAUAAUGAACAGGUUAAAGAAAAACAAAGAGCUACAGAAAGUGCAGGACAUCAAAGAAGUUAAGCAAAACAUCCAUCUUAUCCGGGCACCUCUUGCAGGCAGAGGAAAGCAGCUGGAAGACAAGAUGGUACAGAAAUUACAAGAGGACGUGGAUAUGGAAGAUGUUUCUUAAAAAUCUUGCUGCCUGGAGCUCUUGCUACUCUACCUGUGCAUUUGAAAACUUUGAAGACUUGGAACUUCUCAUUGAUUGCUUUGUUUUGCAUACAGUCACUCAGAUAAAAGGUGAUUAAAAAUACGUCUACAUUGCUGUCUCUAAGUCAUCGUAUAUCAUAGAUGUUCAAUUGCAUCAGAGUGUUCAGUCUUCACUUACGUGAAUGAUGGAGACUCUUCGUUAGUAGAGGAGUGAAUUGUGACUAAAAGGUCUGUGUUGGCGUGAUGGCACAGCAGCGUUCAUGUGAUGACAAACAUUCAUGGCUAAUGACGUACAAUAAAAUUGUUCUUUGCAGUGAAA